CAAAGAGAUAAAAGAUCCAAUAGAAGGGCAAUAUCGUCCAUUCGCAGCUCCCGUUCUUCGUCUCUCCAGCGAGACUCAAAAACACCGACCUUUUUCACUCCGAUUCGUUGCUCGAAUCCCCCAAAUCCCUCGCGAAGUCCUUCGAAUCCCCCAAAUCCGUGCGAUUUCCAUUCGAUUUCUUCGCUUCUCCUCCAAUUCCACCUUCGAGUUGGGAUUCCCAAUUGGUCUAUUGGUCGGUUGCAAUGGCGUACUGGGAUCUGUGGCGGGGGGAGUGGCGUUGGCGGAGUUGAUGGACGUCUAGGGCAUUGGAAGGAACGCCGGAGCCAGAUGACGAAUACUGUGGCUCCAGAUCCGAGUGCGAGGCCGCCGAUGGUACCGCUUGCUACUCUCCUUGGCCGUGAGCUUCGCGGGAGCAAGUCGGAGAAGCCUGUUGUCCGGUUUGGUCAUGCCAACCUUGCUAAGCGUGGCGAGGAUCUCUUUCUCAUUAAGCCGGAAUGCAUCCGCGUCCCUGGGAACUCAUCCUCCACCUUCUCCGUCUUCGCGAUCUUUGACGGGCAUAAUGGAGUGUCAGCUGCUGUCUUUGCCAAAGAGCAUUUAUUAGACCAUGUUUUGAGUGCGAUCCCGCAAGGGAUCAGUCGAGAAGAGUGGCUCCGAGUACUACCGCGAGCGCUGGUUGCUGGAUUUGUCAAGACUGACAUUGAUUUCCAGCGGAAAGGGGAGGUGUCAGGGACUACAGCGACGCUCGUGGUGGUAGAUGGGUCAACGGUGACGGUUGGUUGUGUGGGUGAUUCCAGGUGUAUUCUGGAUUCCCGGGAUGGGGUGGUGUCUUUGUUGACUGUUGAUCAUAGGCUUGAAGAGAAUGCUGAAGAGAGGGAACGUGUGACUGCGAGUGGCGGUGAAGUUGGGAGGCUAAACCUUUGUGGUGGGCAAGAGAUUGGUCCCCUGCGAUGUUGGCCUGGUGGCUUGUGCCUUUCGAGAUCGAUUGGGGAUACUGAUGUGGGUGAAUUUAUCGUGCCAAUUCCUCAUGUCAAGCAAGUAAAACUUUCAAGUGCUGGAGGACGUUUGAUAAUUGCGUCUGAUGGCAUUUGGGAUGCUCUUUCCUCUGAGGCGGCUGCCAAGUCUUGCCGAGGGCUACCUGCUGAUCUUGCUGCUAAACUAGUAGUUAAGGAAGCUUUGAAAACAAGUGGUUUGAAGGAUGACACAACAUGUCUGGUGGUUGAUGUUGUUCCAUCUGAGACUGUUUCCUUACCGUCAUCACCUAGAAGAAACCAGAACAAAUUUAGGUCUCUUUUAUUUGGAAAAAGGUCUCAGAAUAUUGUUGGUAAGCUGGUAAACAAACUUUCAUCAGUUGGAUCUGUGGAGGAGCUGUUUGAAGAAGGCUCUGCUAUGCUAGAAGAGAGGUUGGGAAGUGAUUUCCCAUGCAAGACAAAUUCAUCGACUUUCCGUUGUGCAAUCUGUCAGAUGGAUCAAGCACCCAAUGAGGGAUUACCUGUUUCACCAAGCCCAUUCUGUUCACCCACUUCUAAGCCAUGGGAGGGUCCUUAUCUUUGUGAGGAAUGCCGGAGAAAGAAAGAAGCCAUGGAAGGCAAACGACCAAGCGCCACAGCGGUAUCCAGGUGAGAGGGUGGAUGACGUGAAACUACAGUUCUGUUUUGAGUAUUGUCCUGCUGAUUCAAGUAAAAAAAAAAUGGUGAAUAAUGUGUUUGUUGUCAUUGUAAGUUGCCGCCGUUUUCAAUUUGUUCGAUGAGCUAACCACUGUGCCAAGUUUGCAAUAGUUUGAUUACUAACCACUAUGAAUUUGUAAGGAAACACUGUCGACAUGCUGAUUAUUCUCAAGAAGCAUCUUUUGUUCAUCUAAA